GCCGAGCUGCACGCCGGGAGGCCGCGAUGGCGAACGUGUCCGAGCGGACGCUGCAGGUGUCUGUGCUGGUGGCCUUUGCCUCCGGGAUUCUCGUGGGCUGGCAGGCGAAUCGGCUGCGGAGGCGCUACCUGGAUUGGAGGAAGAAGAGGCUGCAGGACAAGCUGGCGGUGAUGCAGAAGAAGCUGGACCUGGCCUGAGACCCGCCGCCGCCAGUCCACGCCGGCCCCCGGCCCUCACCCGCGCGGGGGCUACGGCGGGGCCCGCUCCGACCCCGGCCGGCGGCUCACCCCGACCCCGGCCCGCCGCCUCCCGACCCCGGCCGGCGGC